UUCGUUGAAUUCAUUUCUACUCGUAACAAAUCAAAGAUGUCAGGACGUGGUAAAGGAGGCAAGGUGAAGGGAAAGGCCAAGAGCCGAUCAUCCCGUGCCGGACUUCAGUUCCCCGUGGGUCGUAUCCACCGUCUGCUGAGGAAAGGCAACUACGCCGAGAGAGUGGGAGCCGGUGCCCCCGUGUACCUGGCCGCCGUUCUUGAAUACUUGGCCGCCGAAGUCUUGGAGUUGGCAGGCAACGCCGCCCGCGACAACAAGAAGACCAGAAUCAUCCCCCGUCAUCUGCAGCUGGCCAUCCGCAACGACGAGGAGUUGAACAAACUGCUGUCCGGCGUGACCAUCGCCCAGGGUGGUGUCCUGCCCAACAUCCAGGCCGUGCUCCUCCCCAAGAAGACCCAGAAGUCCGCCAGCAAGUAAAAAGUCUGUACGACUUUCAGCUAAACCAAACGGCCGUUUUCACGGCCACCCAAAUCUUUCGAAAAGAUGCCUCUAUAUAAGAGCGUAAUUUAAGAAACGAAAUGUGUUGACUUUUCAAUAACUAUACAUGUAGGCUAUAUGUAGAGCACUAUACAUGACAUGCAUUUCUCCUCAGUCAAGAGAAUUAACAUAUACAGUGUACGACCAUUAUAAAGUGAGUCAUAAUUGCAUUUUUACAUUAAACAUUUCAUUGAAAACCCAAUUUUUAUAUAAAACUUGUUGUGAGGUCAAUUAUUUUUUUAUUAA